UUCAUCAUCUUCGUUUUCGCAUCAUCUUCUCUAUCUCUCGUCGUCUGCAGAAUAACCCUUUGCAGGUAAUGAUGGAUGGUAUCAGGAGAAAGAAUCACAGCUUCUUCUUCUUCUUCCUCCUCUGUUUCUCAUCUAUUAACCGUCUCUCCCAUGGCGGCAACACCAUCUCUGCAAAUGAAACCCUUUCCGGAGACCAAACAAUCAUUUCAUCAAGUGGGAUCUUUGUAUUGGGUUUCUUCAACCCAGGUAACUCCACCAAAAACUACAUAGGAAUGUGGUACAACAAUAUCACACCGCAAACCGUAGUUUGGGUAGCAAACAGAGAAACACCCAUCUCAGAUAGAUACUCUUCUUCCCUAAGAAUCCUCAACGGCAGUUUAGUUCUUCUCAACGAAUCUCAAUCACCCAUCUGGUCUACCACUCACGACACCCCCAAUUUCUCACCUCCAUUAGAAGCGAUCUUGGGUGAUGAUGGUAAUUUGGUUUUAAAAGACAGGUCAAACUCGACUGUCUGGCAAAGCUUUGAUCACCCAGUUCAUACAUGGUUACCCGGAGGAAAGAUUUCAUAUAACAAACGAACUAACACCCAUCAAAUCCUCACUUCCUGGAAAAACUCUGAAGAUCCUUCCCCUGGUUUAUAUUCACUUGAACUGGAUGCUAAUAACAGUCAAUAUCUUAUUAAAUGGAAUCGAUCGGAGCAGUACUGGACUAGCGGACCAUGGAAUGGUGAGAUCUUUAGUUUGGUCCCUGAAAUGAGGAAUACGUUUCUCUACAACUUCACCUAUGUUAGUAAUGAGAAUGAAUCUUACUUUACUUAUUCCAUGUAUAACCCUAAUGUUGUUUCUCGUUUCUAUAUGGAUGUAACUGGGCAAGUUAAGCAAGUAUCGUUAGUUAGUGGCGUUGGAUGGAAUUUGUUCUGGUCUCAGCCACGACAACAGUGUGAAGUUUAUGCUUAUUGUGGAACUUUUGGAGCUUGUAAUCAGAUUACUCUUCCGUUCUGCAAUUGCUUGAAGGGUUUUAAUCCGAAGUCACCGAAUGAUUGGAAUCUCGAAGAUUUUUCCGAUGGUUGUGUUAGGAACAUCGAAUUGCAGCAAUGUGGGAAUACUAAUGGUAAGAAAGAUGGGUUCAGGAUGUUACCAGGUAUGGGAUUGCCGGAGAAAUCAGUUUCUUGGUCGGUUGGAAGUGAAAAGGAAUGUGAAGCUUCCUGUCUGAAUAACUGUUCCUGCACUGCUUAUGCUUACGACAAUGGAUGUUUGAUUUGGGUUGAAGGACUCUUGAAUCUGCAGCAGUUAUCUCAGAACGACGGUAAUGGAAGGAGUAUUUAUAUCAGACUUGCCGCCGGCGAGCUUCCUAGUGGCAAGAGAAUGACCGGGAAAUUGAUCGGUGCUGUUGUGGGUUCUGUUUUUGUAGCUGUUUUGUGUCUGGUUUUGUUUGUUAUUUGGUGGGUGAGGAAGAGAUCGGUUGGAAAGUCGAAGAUGGAAGGGUCUUUGAUUGCGUUUGUAUAUAGAGAUUUGCAAAACGCAACUAAAAACUUCUCUGAGAAAUUGGGUGGAGGUGGAUUUGGGUCUGUUUUUAAAGGGAUGUUGCCUGAUUCAACUUUGAUAGCCGUUAAGAGACUCGAUAGUAUUAGUCAAGGAGAGAAACAGUUUCGAAUGGAAGUAAGCACUAUUGGUACCGUUCAACACGUUAACCUGGUCCGCCUUCGCGGGUUUUGCUCCCAAGGCGACAAGAAACUGCUCGUCUACGAUUACAUGCCAAACGGUUCACUCGAUUCCAUUCUUUUCCACAAAACCCUGGACUGGAAGAAACGUCAGCAAAUCGCAAUCGGAACUGCGCGUGGCCUGGCUUAUUUACACGAGGAAUGUCGAGAUUGCAUCGUCCACUGCGAUAUAAAGCCUGAAAACAUCCUUCUGGAUUCUGAAUUCUUCCCGAAGGUGGCUGAUUUCGGGCUGGCUAAGCUAAUUGGUCGAGAUUUCAGCAGGGUUUUGACUACAAUGAGAGGAACUAGAGGCUAUCUUGCUCCUGAAUGGAUAUCAGGACUAGCUAUAACGGCAAAAGCGGAUGUUUAUAGCUAUGGGAUGAUGUUAUUCGAGUUGAUAUCGGGAAGGAGGAACUCGGAAGGUUCUGAAGAUGGGAAGGUCAAGUUUUUUCCAACUUGGGCGGCCAAUUUGGCUAUAGAAGGGGGUGAUAUUUUGAACAUUUUGGAUGUUAGAUUGAAUAGAGAGACUGUUGAUCCUGAGGAGGUGCGGAGAAUUUGUAGGGUGGCUUGUUGGUGCAUACAAGACGAGGAAAGCGAUAGGCCGACAAUGGGACAAGUUGUUCAGAUUCUUGAAGGGGUUAUCGAUGUUAACCAGCCUCCGAUUCCUCGGUCUCUUCAAGUUAUUGUGGAUAGUGGGGAAGAUAUAGUUUUCUUUACAGAAUCAUCGGAGUCGUCGUCUUCAAACAAAAGCUCGCAAGUUCGAAGUAAUACUUCCUCUAAUCAUUCGCAGCUCAAAGGCACUGCUACAUUGUUGAUGAAUUCUGGGGCCUAAUUGAAUCAAUUAGGAUGAUACAUUGAUUAUUAUUAUUGUCACAAUUUGUUUUUAGGUCAUUUAUGUAUGAUUCUGGUUAGAAAAUGUGUUAUUAAAUUGAGCUGUUUCGGUUU